AGACAGGGCCGUGACGUCAUCGUGCUACGUGGUAAAAGGAAGUAGCGAGCAGCAGGCUAAUGGGGCGACCAAAACAAACGAUGACGGCCGAACAAGGGAGCCGAAAGAAGCCCGGGUUGUUUCGUUUUUGACCGCCGUAGAGUUCUGGACGCGGUGUUAGAGAUACCCGUAUAUCUACAUGAGAAAUGACGCGGUAUUGAACGCCAACUGGGCAGUGCGCGAGCGGUAUCUGUGUCUGGGCUCGAUGCCGUCCCUUCUUCACACUGACGCCACAGCUAGCGAAGCGGUAGCUGGCUGUCAGCGACGCGUUCCUGGACAGCACGACAUUUAGAAAGUAGUGUUGCUUAAGGUUGAGAGGAGAAAAUGCAAAGACGGUGUCGGUGACUUUGUGUGGUGACUCCAAAUUCCGUGUAAGGUCCGUUUGACAACUCGGCGAGAGCUAACUAGCUGCGUUAGCCUCACAGCCCAAAAUGAGUUGGUUCAACGCGUCUCUGUCCAGCUUCGCCAAACAAGCUUUAACGACAGCUCAGAAGUCAAUCGACCGAGUUCUGGACAUCAAAGAAGAGGACCAAUGGGGUAACAUCGUUGUACUGCCCUUCGACGACGUCACAAUACCUGGGAAGCUGUCGUUGAGCGGAGGAUGGGGAAUGACUCAGUGGGAAGCGCCCCCUGAGGAAAAGACCACCACGCCUCCUCCGUCCUCCGAGGCCAUCACCACGCCUGUCACCCGCACAGUUGUGGAUGAAUCUGAGAACUUUUUCAGUGGCUUUCUGCCUCCUGGAGACGUGCAAGGUGUCACCAACGCCCAGGUGGUGUCUGUACCCCCUGCUAAGUCUCAGAGGCGGCCUCAGGAGAAGGAAAAGGACAACGCCGAAGAGGCUGUGGCACAAAAAGAAGUGGAGACUCAAAAGCAAGCGCCUGCUGACAAGGGCCAUGGGAACCAGACAGUCGCUGAGAGUCGGCCCGUUGAGCUCGAGUCAUCUAAUGCAGACACUAUCGUCCUGCAGCCAUUUUUUCCGUCUUCCUCCAGCGACCUCCCUUGUAACCCUGACGGCGACAAGAGCAGUGAUAAAACAGAUGUUGGCUCUGCAGACACAAACACGGAGCACUCACAGACUCCAUCAGAUCACCAGAUUGAGCCGGAUACUACAGAUUCACCAGAACCCGCCGCUGUCACUUCUGAACCUGAGAGCGCUGCACCUUGUGAUCCUUCGCCCUCCCCGCCCUCUAAGGAAGUACUCAUAGAGCACAAAGACUCAAAGGGGGAGGACCGCCAAAAUGAUACCCCCUCUCCGCCAGUCAGCGCUUUCUCCUCAGGAACCUCGACCACCAGUGACAUUGAAGUGCUUGACCACGAGUCGGUGUUGAGUGAAAGCUCAGCCAGCUCCAGACAAGAAACAGGGGAGGGCAAGGCUGGCCUUCACCUAAUGCAGGGCUCCUUCCAGCUUCUCACUGCCUCCACCUGUGAAGAUUUCCCCCGACUGGAGGACUAUUCCAAACUCACAGAGAGUUGUGGCUCAUCUUCGGAUGCAUUUGAACGCAUAGAUUCAUUCAGUGUGCAGUCACUGGAUAGCCGGAGUGUCAGUGAGGUUAACUCAGACGAUGAGAUCCCUGGCAGUCGGACACUAGCGUCUGUCACUGCAGGCCCUCCUCUAACGGUGUCGUCAGCUGUCUGCCAAAAGCAGGAGGAUGGCGUGGUGGCGAAUGAAGGAGAGGAGGAGGAGGAGGAGGAAGAAGAGGGCUUUACUGAAACAAUGAGGGAGCAGUCGCUGGAUGAAAUGGAGGAGAGUGGACGGAGUGCUACACCUGUCAACAGUGAGCCGCCGGAGGAGUUGACAGAACAGGAAUCUGAGGCUAAUGUCACACUGUCUGAUCCCACCUCCAAAGCUGAGGAGCAGAUCACUCCACCAAUCACAGAAGAGAUGAAAAGUGUCUCGACAGUUCAGAUAUUGGAGCUUCAAAAGGUCAUUGACGAGCUGUCAGGCCGCCUUGAGAAAAGAGAGUCUCAGCUGCUGGCAGUCAGCAAAGACAAAGCCAGACUGGAGGAGAAGUGUGACAAUCUCAAAGAUGAAGUGAUAAGCCUGAAGGAGGAGAGCUCUGCUGUUCAGUCCCUCAAGGAUGAGUUCACACAGCGCAUAGCGGAUGCAGAGAGGAAGGCUCAACUGGCAUGCAAAGAACGAGACAUAGCCAAGAAGGAAAUAAAAGGCCUGCAAGAAGAGCUUUCGACAAGACUUCACUCCAGUGAUACAAUGGAGAUCAUCAGAGAGAAGGAAGAGCAGAUCAAAGGCCUGCUGGAAGAAGGCGAAAAGUUGUCAAAGCAGCAGCUGCAGCACAGCAACAUCAUCAAGAAGCUGCGUGUGAAGGAGAAGGAGAGCGACACAAGGAUCACCAGGCAACAGAGGAAAAUCAAGGAGCAGGAGGAGGAGCUCCAGCAGCUGCAGCAGGUUCUAGAUGGGAAAGAAGAGGUGGAGAAACAGCACAGGGAGAACAUCAAGAAGCUGAACGCGGUGGUGGAGCGGCAGGAGAAGGAGCUCAGCCGGCUGCAGACGGACUCUGAGGAGCUGCAGGAGAACAACAGGAGCGUCCAGGCUGCUCUGGACAGCUCUUAUAAGGAGCUGGCGGUACUUCACAAGGCUCACGUCAGCAGAACGAGUGAGGCCGAAGAGGCGUCCCAGAGCAGGGAAACGCAGGCCAAGGAGCAGCUAAGCCUGGCUCUGGAGAAGGCCCAGGAGGAGGCCCAGCUGCAACAAGAGGCUCUGGCCAAUCAGGUGGCUGACCUGAGAGUGGCCCUGCAGAGGGCUGAGCAACAGCAAGCAAGAAAAGAAGAUUAUUUGAGGGAGGAGAUCAGAGAGCUGCACCAGAGGCUUCAGGAGGCAGAGACAAGGAACCAGGAGCUCAGUCAGAGUGUUACCUCGGCAACACGACCCCUGCUGCGACAGAUUGAGAACUUACAGGCCUCAUUGGGCGGACAGACGGCAUCCUGGGAAAAACUGGAGGAGAACAUCUCAGACAGGCUAGCCGAUGCCCAGGCACAGCUGGCUGUCGCUGUGGAGAAGGAGCGAUCAGCAACUGAAGACCUUCUGACCAUCAAGUCCCAGCUGAUCUCUCUCGAGUCCCAGAACUCCCUGUUCCGUCAGGAGAAGGCCCGACUCCUGGCACAGGUGGAUGCUGAGAAGAGCAAGCGAGAGAAACUUGAGGACGAGAGCAGCAGGGAGCACGUUGAUUUGGAAAAUCUGCGAGGAGAACACAUCCGCUUGCUAGAAGAGGCCAAGAAAGAAAAGCUGCUGCUGACCAAUCAAUUAGAGAUGGAGAAGAUCAAGGUGGAGCAAGAGAAGAAGAAAUGCUACCUGGCGCACGAGGCACUCAAGGAAAAGGACCGGAGGACCAUGACCCAUUCUGUAGGAGAGCCUCCAGCCUCCUCCACACCCUCGCUGUCCCGCUCGAGCUCCAUCAGUGGGGCCGACAAUGCUGGUCUACACACCUCUAUUCUUUCCCAGGAUGACUGUUCAGACCACUCUCUGGGUACCAUGACCAUGUCUAUGUCGAUGAGCGGGACCAAUCUUUACGAGGCCGCCAGGCUAUCCGGAGGCUCCAGCAUCAUAGAGAACCUCCAGUCUCAGCUCAAACUCAGAGAAGGGGAGAUAACACAACUGCAGUUUGAGAUCUCCAGUCUAGAGAGGAGUCGUUCUGUGAUGGCAGAGGAGCUCGUUCGACUCACAAAUCAAAAUGAUGAGAUGGACGAGAUGGUGCAGGAGAUCCCCACGUUGAAAGUUCAACUCAAGGAUCUGGAGCAGAGGCACAACACUAUCCUGCAGAUGUAUGGAGAAAAAGCUGAAGAGGCAGAAGAGCUGCGAUUGGACCUUGAAGAUGUGAAGAACAUGUACAAAACCCAGAUUGAUGAAUUACUGAAGAACCAGAAAUAAACUGUUUGUAACUGUUACUUUUGGGACUCUCUCAAACAAACCAAUUGCAUUCACCAGAAAAGAAUAUGCAGAGAAUUUAGUUUCAUCACUGUCAAAAGAAAACUCUUAUCUUUAUCUAUUUUAUUUUAAUUAAUUAUCACAUGGUAUAUUUAAGAGUGGAUGUUGGGAUUAUGCAUAAUAAUAAUAUUUGCAUUAACAUACAAUAUAUUCUUACAGAAUCAGUAUGAAGGAUAGCCACCGUUUUAUCAUUCAGGUGUACGAACUUUGCUUUCGGCGUAAUAUCUAAUGUUUAAAGUAUUGUAUAAGCAGUUUACAACUGUUGGGAGAUGGUCAAGUUUUUUUUUGCACUAUACAAAUUCAUCAUUGUUGAUUUCUUAAUGCAUAAUCAGAAUGGUUUAAGGAAUAUAUAAAACAAUAUUGUACAGAGAAUGUUAUGUAUUGUUCUUAUCUCCUUACAAAUCACAAAAUGUCAUGUAGACCUAAGAGUAGUCUGUGAUGGAAAUCAAGAGGGAGAAAGAUUUAAAACCUUAUGAAUAAACAUGUAUUUGCGUGGUGAGAAA